AUGGUUUUAUUAUCUCUUCAUAUUCUCACCUUGAUGGCGAACACAGUGAUAGCUUUGAUAACAAACAGUGAUAAUCGCCUUCACACCCCGAUGUAUUUCUUCCUCAUUCAGCUGUCCUGUUGGGAUAUCUUUUCCACUUGCUCCUCACAGCUCCUGGUUGUGACUGUUUUUUAUGGCGCUGCAGGCUCCAUGUACCUGCGGCCAAAAUACAGCUACUGUGCAUCUGUGGAUAAAUUCGUCUCCCUUUCUUAUUCUCUGGUGACUCCUUUAUUGAAUCCCAUCAUUUGCAGUUUGAGGAAUAAGGAGGUGAAAGGAAUGAAGAAACAGUUGGUUUAUAUGGGCGAUGAUGCUUGUGAAUAG